GCCGUUUACAAUGUACUUUCCAACAUGAGCUUGGCUUAGUAUCAUACUAUCCAUAGGUAGAGAUCCAUCGACGCAUCUAACUAAGGUACCUACUUACCUAUGUCAGUGUCACCCACCACACUGCUGACGCCGGCCACCACUUUUUCUAUCAUUUCUGUUUUCCUUAGGUAGACAGAUAGAUAGUUACCUACCUGCUAAGUACCUGCCUAUAGGUUACAAGCACGGACAUUCUGAACUAUCCAUCUUUUGUCGCAAUAACAGGCACCUGUAGAAAGACAACCGACCCUAUUAUAACUCGCGAUGGUGCUCAAAAAGAAAGAAGUAUACACGGUGAUUACGCCUUUUCCUACAUUCAUACCCCGCCAAUUAGCUAUCGACAUCCUUCACAGCCAUGGCGAGGUCAUCACAUUAAAUCCCCUCGUGCUGGGUUACAAUCAAAUCAAGGCGCCCCGCGACGCCGCCUCUGAUGAAUACUUUUCCACAUGGUACGAAAUCAACGAGCGCAUUCAGUAUAUUCCUGGCAUAGGAAGACUUGGAUCCGGUAAAAUCAGUUUCAAUGGCUGCUUUCACGAUCUCCCAUGGGGGUUGCAAACCCAUAUUUAUGCGCCCAUGGGUAUCGAUCUUCGGAACAAAUAUCGCGUUGGGGGAAAUCAAUCAGGGAUCGAACCGCCGGAGCAACAAGAGAUUGGACUCGCCGCGCUUGGCGCACCGAAAGAUGGACUGUACUUGAGAGAAGACAUUGAAAUCCGAUGCAAUAUUACCAUGGUGGGUAUAGUAAAAGCUCAGAUGAAGGCGGCGAGCAAAGAAAUGGUGGAGAGGAUUAUUAAGAAGGCGGAAUUACUUGACCAAGGCGUUCUUCAAGCUAUGAUCGAAGACGGGAAGCUCAAGACGUUCAACCCGAAUGAUAAAACCUACACAGGUGGUCUAAGUGGAGGAGGUAUGAAAUCGCCACUCGUAUCGCCAGGUUUCCCACCAGGGAGCCCCUUUCAAUCGCCCAUGUCGCCGUCGAUACCAUAUCAAGUUCCCAGACCUGUCACAUUACAACUAGGGAGCAGCAGACCCGGAACGGCAGGGUCACUCAGUUACCCAGCACAUUGGCAAGCUCAAUUGCAGCAGCAGAACUCGUAUGAGCAGCAGAACAAGAUACACCAGCAAUACGCCGAGCUGGCUAGUUCUCAACCGGUAUCGCCAAACUACCAAGGAAGCCAAGGGAACCAAGGGGUUAUUAUGGAACUCCCCGGCGACUUCCACCACCCGCAGUCAUCGCCACACCUACAGCCGCCUCACCCGUCACCCGUAUACGCACACCACCAAGGCCGAAACUCACCGUCGUCCAUCCAGUCUCACUCGCCCGAGCUGAAAUCCUGGGGCUGGUCGCAGGGCCAGCCGAGCCCAUCGCUGACGAGCUCACGGCCGACCUCGUACUCCUCCGACACGGGCAGCGCGGGGUUCGCGUCGCCCGGACUCGACCACAAGGGUUUCGCAUCGGAGCUGCCGACGCACCUGGAGACGACGGAGGAAUACCACCACCCGGGCGCCCGGGCGCGGUGGUCGGGUUCGCAUACGGGUCGUGGUUACGCCUACAAUCCGGCGGACUACGCGCAAGCUCGUCGUUGAUAUACCUGUGUCUACCUACCUACCUACCUACGAGGGUGUGUAUUUGUGCGUGUGUGUAAGAAAAGGGGAUAGAUAAAUAGCUGGGUUAGACUAAUCCUGUAUAAUGGAUCUGGCGACAAUUCAAUUGACGACGAUACCUACCUAGGGCACCGAGGUGCCUUUUUCUUUUUCUUUUGUGGCCGGAGUUGAAUCGUGCUGGCGUUGUCCGUGUGAGGGACUACGGGGAGCAAACAGUGGAUGGUACAAGAUUUUAGGUGGGGGGGCGGUGUGAUUCUCUGUUAUUCAUGAAUACUUCAUGCUUCAUACCCUCGAACGAAUGAAUACAAAAUAAUGAAUGAACUGUUCUAAAUAUGAAGGCGAUGAAGGCGAUGAAUGAGAUAUGCAUACCAGUAGACAUGCAAAUAAUGGAAAUAAUUACUCUAA